GACCCUGAGGGUCUCACUCAGCCUCUCAGAGUUCGUCCAUAAUGGACCAGUGGGGAAGAUCUUGUUCUUGGUACUGCAAUGUGCUGGUUUCUGUGUUUGGUACAAAGGGGAGGUGCUGGCAUGUGUGGAUUGUGUGCUCAGGUGACUGCCUUGUCACCUCCUGUGACAAACACAGGGCCUGUUUCUGUAGCAGGAGUUGUUUGGAUCAGUAGGAAUGGGAAAAAUAAGAGCUGUAGCAUUUUACCCGCUGCUGGAUGUAUUUGCGUGCUUUGAGCGCCUCUGCAGACAGAACCUGCUGGGGCUUUGCUCCAGGUUUGACAGAUGAUGUUGAAUUCGAUGCUGGAGGUGUCUGAGGUCUCUUUUGAGCAUGAUUCCCCAGGCAGCUGCCUCACUCCUUGUUUCACUGCAGGGACAGGACUCUGUUCUCUCUGGUUUUGCUGCUUCCCCUCUCAGCCAGGCACUUCUUGCAAAGGUGUGCAGCAAGCAGUGAUUUAAAGGGACACCUAAACUGUGUCUGGCUGCCUGUCAGAGAAAGCCAAAAAGCAGAGAGAUCUCUUAGCAGAAAAAUCUGUAUCUGAAAUUUAACCCCAAAAUACUUGUGUCAUAUUUUCAGAGCAUAAAGUACUGACAUUGGGAGUGUUUGUGUACUUCAUUACUUGAAGGGAAAACAUGAAGUAUUUAAUCCCCAACAGUUUAAAAAAUCCUAAUGGAUUUCUUCUGUGACAGUCAACUGGAGUGUUCCCCUUUUUAUACACUUCAUCCUUCCCCCAGUCUCUGUUGGUGCAAAUGUGAUUUGAAACAAGCCUGUUUUCUGUGCUGUGACCUUCCCACGAGCCCCCAGGCGGGCAGGGCCGAUGGCAGAGCUGGCAGGAGUGAUGUCUGUGCACUUGGGAUCCCAGGAGGAUGCUGGCCCUGCCCUCCAGAGCCGACUCUCCUGCAAGACUUCCCAGCGUUUACUGGGCAGCGAAGACCACCCACGGCUCCCAGUCCAGCUCUAGUUUUAAGGAUUCCUGCCGACGCUGUUCCUGAGGGAAGCCAUGCCCUGCCACAGAGCCCUUCAACUGGUCCUGCUAACACUGUGUGGCAUCCUGGUCCCUGCUGUGCUGGCAGCAGAGUACCCCCAGGGCCCAGUCCCCACCCUGUGGAAUGAGCCGCCCGAGCUGCCCUCCGGAGCCGGUCUCGACGCUGCCACCACCACAGCGCGGCUGUCGGACGCCACCGCCUUCCCCCCGUACACCUCUGAGCUGGAGCCCGAGGACACCACCCACCUGCACCGACUGGACACCGGGGACGGCUCACUGGGGCCCGGAGCUAUCGGUGCCAUCGUCAUCGCUUCCCUCCUGGGGACGUCUGUGCUGGUGGCGUUGGUCAUCAUCACGCUGAGAAAGUUCUCGGCCUCCUGAACUCAAUAAAAGAUUUUUCUGUU